UUAUUUCUGUAACAUUCAGGAACAUGAGUGCUGUCAACUCAGCCAACCCGUUGGUAAACCCAUGGGCAACUGGUGUAAUUCCACCAGGAGGCGGCGGGAGUGGGAACUUUGGUGGGGGCUUCAUGCCACCUCCUGGAGGAUCUGGUUCAAGUCUCUUGGGAGAGUACAGAGGAGGAGGAACUGCAGACCUGGUUGGAUCUAUCAGACACCUCAGUCAGAUGGACAAUCCUGAGUCUAAGCUUGCAUUAAAUAUCCUGAAUACAGUACUAUCGACGCGGUCUUCUGUGGGCCAGAAUCAGAGUGGCUGGAAUAAUGGACCACCGGCCAAUAAAAUGAUGCGCAUGGAUAUGGGUGGGGGUUAUGAUAACUACCGAGGUCAGACACUUGCCCCCUCAAUGCAUCAACCAGCACGCAAGUUCCCUCAACGUGAUCAUCAGUUUGGCCCUCGUCGGGCUGGCGACAAUCUGUCUCCCCGUCGAGGCAGGGGUGGCCGUUUCUUAGGUCAGGCUGGUCGUCAGGUGACGACUGAGCAACAGUCAAGGAAAACAGUAAAUGACAAGAAGGGAAUGGCCAAGGAUAAUAAGGGCCUUGUGAAGGACCAAAAGAAGGAGAAGGAUGAGGAAUCAGCAGCAGCAACAACUGGGACAACAGGUGGUCAAAAAGGAGAUAAAACUGAGGGUGAUGAUUCCUCAGCUACAGCUGACCCCAAACAGAGUGGUGAGGUAAUCAAAGAAGACAGUAAAGAAGGAAAGGAAAAUGGUGCAUCAUGUGAAGAAGUAAAAAAAGAAGAGGCUCAGAGUGUUGAGAACUCUUCUAAGAAAGAUCCUCCAAAGAGACUCAGAUCGGAUGGUUUGAUACCCAAAGAAACUUUGAAGUGCCACAUGUGCAAUUUUUAUCAAUUUAAUUCACUUCAGCUUACCGUCCGUUCCACUAAGGACACAGGAUGUGGGACCCCACUCCAGUCCACUAACAUCGAGCGAUGA